CAAACCUUUCGCAAUCUACGAAAUUACGGGAUCGCCUUCGUUCGAAUACUAAUUCCAAUUUUCAACUUUGUUUUUAUAUAUAGAGUUUGCUUGCACCACAACUUUUUCUUCUUUCCUUCUUCUUCCCCAAUAUUCUCGCCUAAAUUCUCUUGCUCUUGCUUCAAAAAUCUCUUCUUUGAUGAUACAGUAAUCGAAAUCACAAUCUGUUCUUUCCUGGGUUUUGUUUCUUCUUUCCGUUGGACUUUAAGCUCGUUUCACGAAGCAACUAGGGUUUUUGGGAAAGCCGUUGACUUGACUUUUUCUUUGGGGUGUUGUAUGGGCUGAUAGAUAGUAUGUUCGUAUGAGGAGGAAGAAAUGUUGGAUUUGAAGAAUGCUUCACUGAUCUUUUACCAUAAGUAUGUCAAUUGGAUUAUGCUUAAGUAGUAAUGGUUUUUACUAUGUUCAUGUGGGGAUUCCUCUUCCUCUCUGUUUACUUCAUUCCCAGAUGACUUGAGAUUUUUUCGAAGUAUAGUUCUUGGGGUUAAGCUUACCUAGUAAUCACUUUAUAUAACAUCCCUUAGUUUAUCAGAACUAUUUCCAUUCGUUCAGAUCUUUUACUGCUUCCCCCAUUUGUACUUUUGAGUUUUCUCUCUUCUGCCGUGUGUAUUUAGUUGUCUAGUCAAAUUCUAGUUGAGUUUUAGGCUCUAGUCUUUUGGUUUGGGUUAUGGCAGAGUUUGAAUCCAAGCUUCCUGUUUCCGGGGGGAAAAAUCAUGUCUUUGAGGCAUGUCACCAUGUUGUUAAGGCACUGAGGGCAUCUGAUAACAACCUGGAUGCCAACUUGAGAAAGCUCCUAAGUGACCUAGAGUCGCAUUUGUCAACAUUUGGGAUUGCUGAUACGAAAGUUGAAGAUGCAGGAUUCUCUGAGAUCAAGGAGAGAUUCAAAGAAGCUGUGAAGAAAAUCUGCAGUUGGGAGACUAACCAAUCGACGAUUUUGGAAGCUGGUCUGUCUGCAGCAAAUCAAUUCUUUCAAGCCCUGUAUGAAGUUCAAUCAGUUCUUGUGGGUUUCAAAGCUUUUCCCAUCAAAACUAACCCGAAAGAGAAAGAUGUUUACAACCAAGCUACGGUUGCUCUUGACAUCGCGAUGCUGAGGCUUGAGAAAGAGCUCCGUGAUGUUCUGCAUCAGCACAAACAGCAUGUACAGCCUGAAUACUUGGCUGUUAGUUCCCAUAGAAAGGAUAUUGUGUACGACGAGUCCUUUGUUUCCUUAGAUGAUGAAGUUGUUGUUGAAGCCUCUUCACACGAAGAUGAUGAACAGAUAUCGGAUUUCUAUAAUUCUGAUUUACUUGAUCCCAUCGUCCUUCCUCACAUUAAAGCUAUUGCAAACACCAUGUUUGCUUGCGAGUAUGAUCAACCAUUCUGUGAAGCUUUCAUCAUCGUUCAAAGAGAAGCUCUGGAUGAGUAUAUGGUCACUCUUGAAAUGGAAAGAUUCAGCUGCGUUGAUGUUCUCAAAAUGGACUGGGAGGAUUUGAAUGGUGCAAUGAGAAAAUGGACAAGGGUUGUUAAGAUCAUUACUCAGGUCUAUCUCACCAGUGAAAAGCAGCUCUGUGAAGAGAUCUUGGGAGACUUUGAGUCAAUUUCUACGGCUUGCUUCAUUGAAAUCUCAAAAGAUACAGUUCUAUCCCUCCUCAACUUUGGAGAAGCUGUGGCGCUGAGAUCUUGCAAGCCAGAAAUGCUUGAGCGCUUCCUUAGUAUGUAUGAGGUUUCAGCAGAGAUUCUCGUGGAUGUCGAUAACCUCUUCCCGGAUGAAACAGGCUCGUUUUUAAGAAUUGCAUUCCACGACCUGUCAAAAAAACUAGCUGAUCAUACAACCGCAACUUUCUUAAAGUUCAAAUACGCAAUAGCCUCAGAUGAAUCCACACGCCCCUUUCAUGGAGGCGGAAUUCAUCACCUGACUAGGUAUGUAAUGAAUUACUUGAAGCUUCUCCCGGAGUAUACCGACACCCUAAACUCACUUCUUCAGAACAUACACAUUGACGACUCAAUACCCGAGAAAACAGGAGAAGAUGUCCUCGCUUCGACAUUCUCUCCAAUGGCUAGACACCUCAGGUCAAUCGUCACAACUAUGGAAUCCAGCCUCGAGCGAAAAGCUCAGCUUUACGCAGACGAAGCACUGAAAUCCAUUUUCCUGAUGAACAACUUCCGUUACAUGGUCCAGAAGGUAAAGGGAUCAGAGCUGAGACACUUGUUUGGAGACGAAUGGAUCAGGAAGCACAUUGCAAGCUACCAACGCAAUGUCACAAACUACGAGAGAUCCACAUGGAGCUCUAUACUUGCUUUGCUCACAGACAACAACAACUCUGUAAAAAGCCUGAGAGAAAGAUGCAGACUUUUCAGCCUUGCAUUUGAUGAUGUUUACAAGAACCAAACUCGUUGGUCAGUUCCUGAUCCAGAGCUCCGCGAUGAUCUUCACAUCUCAACCUCUGUCAAGGUUGUUCAGUCUUACAGGGGAUUUCUUGGAAGAAAUGCGGUUCGUAUAGGCGAAAAACAUAUCCGAUACACUUGUGAAGACAUUGAGAAUAUGCUCCUUGAUCUCUUUGAAUGUUCGCCAUCUCCGAGAUCAUUGCUCAGUUCUCGUAGGAGAUGAUGAUGAUGACUCGAGCCUAAUGGACUCUAUCUUUGUUCUUUUGUUAUUUACUUAUGCAAUGAUUUGUGAUUGCUUACAUGUAAUUAAGGUUGUAGAAUUUUUAUACUUCAUUGUGGGGAUGUAACUUGAUUUGCGUAUCUUGUCACUAUGUCAUCUUUCGCAUGCUUAGUACAAAUUUAACGUUUUAAGUCAGAUAUAACAUUUAAAAAGACAUGAUUUGUUGGUUAA